GUAAAAAAAUCUUAACACUUUGCAUAUAUCUCAAAUAAAUUACUACACUUAGAAUUUAGAGCAUAGAACACUCCACACACCACCCCCUUUUUCCUAUUUAUACAAUUCCUCAACUCAAUUCUCAAGCUUGCCACUCUCCCUUCAUCUCUCCCCCUCUCCUUCCCGGCCGUGUCGACGACAUGGUGAAGUUCUCGAAGGAGCUCGAGGCUCAGCUCAUUCCCGAAUGGAAGGAUGCGUUCGUCAACUACUGGCAGCUCAAAAAGCAUGUCAAGAAGAUCAAACUAUCAAGAAAACCAAAGCAUCUCCCCAACACUGCCACUAACUACGACUUCGGCUGCUCCAUUUUCGACCCCGUUCGAGCCCUGGCCCGAAAACUGGCUGGCGACACCGCCCAUGGCGAAGCCCGUGAAAUUAUUCAGGUCAAAAGUAGAGUUGCGACCGGAGACGGAGAAGAAGAAGACGAGGUUUAUGAAACUGAGCUUGAUCAACUAUUUUCCGAAGAACAUGAGGUUAAAGUGUUUUUCGAAAUGUUAGAUGAAGAACUUAACAAGGUGAAUCAUUUCUACAAAAGCAAAGAGACUGAGUUUCUUGAAAGAGGGGGAAUAUUGAAUAAACAGCUCCAGAUUUUGCUUGACCUCAAGCGGCUCGUCGCCGACCGCCGUCGCAAAAAUUUUGGCGGCCAAAACGGCGGUGGAUCGGGGCUUCUCUCCCGGUCCGGCUCAUCCUUGGGCCGAAACUCGGACUCAUCAGGUUUAAAUCGUGUAAAUCAGUAUUCUGUGGCAUGCAGUUCGCUGAAUAUGGUCGCCUUCACAAAGAUCCUCAAGAAAUUUGAUAAGGUGACCAAUCAGCAAGCUUCAGCCAGCUACCUCAAAGUAGUAAAAAGAUCUCAUUUCAUUAGCUCUGAUAAGGUGGUGAGAAAUAUGGAUGAAGUGGAGUCCUUAUUCACGCAGCACUUUGCCAACAGUGACAGAAAAAAAGCAAUGAAAUUUUUGAGACCCCAACAGCAGAAAGAUUCACACAUGGUUACCUUUUUUGUUGGGUUGUUCACGGGCACAUUUGUGACAUUAUUUAGUGUUUACGCGAUACUGGUUCAUUUGAGCGGUAUGUACUCGGCUGGAACAGAAGCGACUUAUAUCGAGACUGUCUACCCUAUUUUUAGCAUGUUUGCAUUGGUGAGCCUGCAUUUGUUCAUGUAUGGAUGCAACUUGUUGAUGUGGAAGAAAACAAGAAUAAACUACAACUUCAUAUUUGAAUUCCUGCCUUCCACUGCCCUCAAAUAUAGAGAUGCAUUCCUCAUAUGCACCUCUCUCAUGACCGCCGUUGUCGGCGCCAUGGUCGUCCACCUCAUCCUGCUCGCGGCCGGCUUCUCACCCCAACAAGUUGAUAUCAUCCCCGGCAUCCUCUUGCUGAGUUGUGUUUUGCUUCUGAUCUGCCCAUUGAAUAUCUUCUAUCGCCCAACCAGAUUCUGCUUCAUCCGAGUCAUCCGCAACAUAGUCUGCUCCCCCUUUUACAAGGUUUUGAUGGUAGAUUUUUUCAUGGCUGAUCAACUCACUAGUCAGAUUCCGUUGUUGAGGCAUAUGGAAUCAGCAGCAUGCUAUUUUCUAGCCGGAAGCUUCAAGACUCAUCGCUACGAGACUUGCAAGUCCGGGAAGAUGUAUAGAGAACUCGCCUAUGUCAUCUCCUUCGCUCCCUACUACUGGAGAGCUAUGCAGUGCGCGAGGAGAUGGUUCGAUGAGAAUAACGUGGAGCAGCUUGCUAACCUUGGCAAGUAUGUCUCGGCGAUGGUGGCGGCCGGAGCAAGGUUGACCUACGCCAGGCAGCCCACGCAGGCGUGGAUGCUGGUGGUUUUGGUGACGUCUGUCGUGGCUACGUUGUACCAACUCUAUUGGGACUUUGUCAAGGAUUGGGGGCUUCUCAAUGCCAAAUCCAAGAACCCAUGGCUCAGAGAUGACCUAUUGCUCAAGAAUAGAAGCAUUUACUAUGCAUCCAUUGGAUUGAACUGUGUCUUGAGAGUGGCAUGGGUGGAGGCUGUGAUGAAAUACAAUCCCGGGGUGUUGGAGUCGCGUCUCAUCGCCUUUCUGCUUGCUUCGCUGGAGGUCAUCCGGCGCGGCCACUGGAACUACUACAGAUUGGAAAAUGAGCAUCUGAACAAUGUUGGGAAGUAUAGAGCAGUGAAGACAGUUCCUCUGCCAUUCUCUGGGAUGGAUUCUGAUGGGUGAAGUUGAAGAAAAGUAUAUAUGUUUGAGGGAAAGAGAUGUUAAAGCAGCUACUGAAAAGAUUCAUGGAUUAAAGAGAUUGUGAAUGAAGGAAUCCACAUCUGUUCAAAUCAUAUUUCACAAUGUAAAUUGAGCACUUUUCCUAUGGGGAAAUAUCAGCAUAAAUGUAUCUUUCUAUUUUUUUGCUUCAUGACUUUGUAAUCUCAUCAUUUGACUUUGUAAUCUCAUCAUUUGAGUUGCCAAUAAAUUAGUUUACUGCACCAA